AUGGAGGAGGAGGCUGCGAGGAAGAGGAAGAUGCCUUGGGCCCCCCAGGCAGGCCCCGAGCUGAGGACGGAGAGCCCGGAGGACAAAUCCCCCCGUGAGACCCUGGUGGGAGAGGCCGUUUUGAAGGGCUCCACAGUGCAGGAAGGCAGCGGGGAGGAAAAGGUCCGGAGAUCCCCCCACAGGAGGGGCUCCAAAGGCAGCCCAGGGUGCUCUGAGGAGGAAAGACCCAGGCUGGGCCGGGAAGGCGGCUGGAGCUUGAGGCAGAGCUCUGAGCUGGUGGUCCCUGAGAAGCCUCCCAGCAGGGAGAAGCCCUUCAGGUGCUUGGAGUGUGAGAAAAGCUUCAGCCGGAGCUCCCACCUGCUCCAACACCAGCACAUCCACACUGGGGAACGUCCCUACACGUGUGGGGAAUGUGGGAAGAGCUUCAGGAGCAACUCCAACCUGAUCGAACACCAGCGCACCCACACUGGGGAAUGGCCCUACACGUGUGGGGAAUGUGGGAAGAGCUUCAGUUACAGCUCCCACCUCCUCACCCACCAGCGCAUCCACACGAGGGAGAGGCCCUACAAGUGUGGAGAAUGUAGGAAGAGCUUCAGGACCAGCUCCGACCUCCUCAAACACCAGCUCAUCCACACUGGGGAACGGCCCUACAAGUGUAUGAAAUGUGGGAAGAGGUUUCAGACCAGCUCCAAUCUCCUCAGGCAUGAGUGGACGCACACGGAUGAGAGGCCCUUCCGCUGCACCGACUGCGGGAAGGGCUUCAAGCACAACUCUCACCUCGUCACCCACCGGCGCAUCCACACUGGGGAGAGGCCCUACAAGUGUGGGGAGUGUGGGAAGAGCUUCACCAAGAGCUCUGGCUUGACCAGACACCAACAGACCCACCAGUAA